UCUGUUGCUGUUAGUAAUUCACGGUGCAACUAUCAUCAAAAAAUAUCGAAGCCAUUAAUCUUAAAACACUACCGCACUACACUAGUUCGUUGAAUGUAAUGCAACAGAGUCAACCAUGUCAUAUUUCAAAAAAUAUACAAGCACGAAAACUGAGAAAAUUAAUAUUUGGGGUGCAUUCAAACCUUUGUAUUUUAUAUUAACUUUGUUUGGAUUAUUACCGUAUUCACUCAAGUUUCCAAAGGGAUCUGGAGGCGCUAUAAUAAUCCAUAAGUCGAUAUACUUCAACUCACUCUGUUCGGUUUCAAUGAUUUUAAUUCUUUACUCGUUUUUCGUUCUUCACACGCAGCAAGUGUUCGCCUCAACCGAAAACAACACGAUGACUGAAGUUCUAACGACCAAGUUCAACUAUAUGUUGGAAAUGCUCGCUUUCCUAUUAUUUGUUACGAUCAGUUAUUUUUGCGCUUAUAAAAACAGAUUUAAUUACGUGAAAAUAUUGAAUGCUAUAGUUUCAUCGAGUAACAAGUUCGUUGAUUAUAAAGUUAUCCGUCGAUUACAAGUGCAGGUGAAGAUAGUAAUUUUGUGUCUGUUCUUAUUAUUAUUGAUACAAAUUACGACAAAUUUCACAAGACACGACACAGUGAGGAAAAUGAUGCUGGUGACGUCAAGCUUUAUUCUACCACAGAUGAUACAAUUCACACUUAUUAGCUUUUAUUACGUGUUAGUGUUGAUGGUAGCUGGUGUGCUCAAGAACAUUAAUGAACAAAUGAAAAGUUUAUGUAACUACAACCGGGUUAGUGCUGAAUUUAUAAAACUGGAUAAAAGGAUUACAUUGAAUCAGAUAGAAGUUGUUUAUGUUAACAUGUUGGAGAUGAAACGAGAGAUAAAUAGAGCAUUUCAAGCAUCUAUUUUGGCUACUGCGAUCCAAUGUUUCCACUCAAUAGUGAGUGAAUCGCACAUUCUCUACCACGGGCUGGUUGUAGAACAUACUCUGACGACGCACGACGUAUGUAACUGCUCGAUAUGGAUUGUGUGUCAGUUGAUAAAGAUAUAUACUAUAUCGUGUUCAGGGAGCAUGUUGAAAGAGCAGGCGGCAAAAGUCGGACGCAGCUUGCAUAAUAUACACCCAGGGAAAGAUGACGUUAGAUUGUAUUUGGAAGUGCAACAUUUCUCUUCGAUGAUAUUGUACCAGAAUGCGGAAAUGACUGUUUACGAUUUCUUCCCGCUGGAUUCUACCUUCACUUAUAAUGUAGUUUCAGCAGCUGUAAUGUAUAUAGUGAUGCUUGUGCAAUUUGAUACUAACAAGAAGUCUUAAUUCGGAAACGAUAAAAAUCGAACUUUUUAUAUAGCUGGCGCCGACUGCAACUUGAAACAUGUGAACAUCGAAUAUUCUAUAUCUAACUCUAUCGGUCUUACAACAUUACUGGACUGACAGAGGAGGACACAAAGAUACAUAAGUCGUUGUAAUGUCAUAGACAACAUGUUAAGUUUUCCGUCGUUAGAGACGUUUCUUACCAGAGUCCAGACUAUCAGCCUGAUUCAAACUUUAAUAUACGUCAAAUAUUACGUAUGGAUAGAUAUGGAUUGUGUAUAUGUAUAGACAAAGCAGUGUAUGUAACUGUACAUAAUUAGGCAUUAAAAUUAGGCAUUUAAAUGAGCUGAA